UUUUCAAAAUGGUCGAAAAUCUCGAUUGUGGUAAGGCAGCCUAAAAUUAACACAGGCUUCUUAUGGAGACCCUUUUUAAAUUAAAUCAUUAAGUGAGAAAUAACUAGUCUUUUCUAUUUAUUAUUUUUUUUUCUGAUAAGUCAUCAUUCUAGCUAGUAUCUUGUUUUUUUUUAUUCCUGAAAAACUAUGGUAUAUAUUUUAAUUUAAUUUUUUUCCGGGAUUGUUUACAUAAGUUCGUCGGCUAGUCUCAGUUUCAAAUUAGUCUGCCGCCAUUCUCAUCUGUCAAUAUUUUAGUUUGUUCUCUUUGCCACAGACAUGGCUACUAGUCAAAGUAUUGAGUUAUACCGUCUGUCACCAUAUUGUAGAGCAUUAGUCCCCAAAGAGCAAAAGCUAUACAUUGAAAAACUUAUUGCUAUAGAUUCUGACGAUCCUUAUCUUUUCCCAUCGGAGUUGUGGAAAAGCAGUGGCUUUCCUAAUUUAAAAGAGCACGACGUUUUCCAGUACUGCGUUGCUAAACAUAGCAAAAGCACAGGAUUACAAUUAUGUGCCUAUAAAGCCAUUAGAGAUGCUGAACAGUAUGUCAGUUGUGGAUGGGUUAAGGACAUAUUCCGUGUGACAUUGAGCAAUUCUAUAGUGAUUGUAAGUUGUAGAGUACACCAUUCUCAAUCUAUAAGAAAAUCUCUACUGAAUCCUUGGGUUGCAAUUAAAAAUGACAUGUCGAUUAUAUGUUCAAGCUGUGACUGUGAAGCUGGACUUGGUGGUGUGUGUUCACACGUAGGUGCAAUGUUGUACAAGAUCAUAGCAGUUAACAACUUGCCAUGUACAUCACAAGAAAACAGAUGGAUUGAUACAUUAAAUAGAAAUGAUUUGAAACUCUUCAAACAACUAAGUGGCAUGAAUGACACUAUUUACAAAUCCAAGUACCACGGUAGCAAAAACAAGACUAAGCUUUACGACUCAGCAUCAAUACCACUUAUGACAACUGAAGAGCAGAGUGAGUAUGAGAAAGUCCUAUUGAAGAACAAAGCUGUUCAACUUCAGGUUGUGAACAAAAACGAGUUCUACAAACAUUUUCAACCACCUGAACUUCCAGUUGCUUUUGGCACAAUAUUUAUAGCUUCUCUAGUAGGAAAAUCCUAUGUCACAGUAAUGGAAGAAUGUGAACGAUUGCUUAAAGGUUGCACACUAAGUGUCACAGAAGUUCAGAUUGAGAAUGUAAACACGUGUACAAUAGGCCAGAAAAAAACGCAAUUUUGGCAAUUAUUUCGAGCUGGAAGGUGUACAGCAUCAAAUGCUUACCCAAUUUUCAAUGCAAACAUAAAGAAACCUGCACUAUGGUUAUUGAAAAAGUCUUGCUACCCUGCCGAAAAAGCAUUUUCAACAGAAGCUACGCGGUAUGGAGUUGAUAAUGAAAAUAGGUGCAUAACAAAAGGCUGCAAAAUGUUAACGAAGAGAAAUUUACAUCAUCAAUUCAAUGUAACUAAAUGUGGAUUAAUAAUCUCAUCUGAGUUCCCGGAAGUAGCAGCUUCACCCGAUGCGCUGUUUCAUUGCAAGUGUCAUGGCAUGGGUGUAAUUGAGGCAAAAUGUUCCUGGAAACAUAGGUAUGCUGUCAGUUUGAAGGAAGUUUGUACAUCACAUAAAGACUUUUACUUAAGCUAUGAUGAAGAAGCACAAGUAUUUAAUCUGAAAAAGAAUCACCCAUACUACUAUCAAGUUCAGCAGCAGCUCCUUGUAACUAAGCGUAAAUUUGCGUUAUUCAUGGUCUACAUUGAAAAUGACGUCGCUGUGGUAUAUGUGCCUGAAGACAUACUAUUGUGCAACGAGAUAAGAAUACGAUCUCAAUUUUACUUCAGAGAAGUACUACUACCUCAACUAGUUAGCGAUUAUUUUUACGCUAGUCACCAAGUUGUAACUAUGAUGGAAGAACAUUCUGUGAUCGAAGUCAAUACGCCUGUUAGUAAUUCACAAGCCUGUGCAUCACAGUCACCAGUAUUUCAAGCACAGUAUGCGCAUAAUAAUGUUGAAACUGCAAUGACAAACCUAAUUGAAAAUGAAGCCACGGUUGGACAUGUUAAUAUGGAGGAAGAUAUAAACGUCCAGACAGGAAAUCAAACAGCAUUGAAUACUUCACAUUCCUUUUACUGCAUUUGCCAACAACAUCUACCUGGGGAGGAAACUGUUAUUUGCAGGAAUGUAAACUGCAUUAUAAAGGUAUUUCACAAAUGCUGCAUCAUACCGCAGAGAAUACGAUUUGGACCAAAGUGGAUCUGUAAAAACUGUUUGUCUGAUGAGAAGAAAGCAAAGAAGAGCAACGACAAAGAAAAUCAAACCUCAAGCUCUGUCAAUGCAAAACGCUUACCAAAGACUAAUUUAGAUCUCACACAUACAACCCGCAAACCAUUAAAUUACAAAAAUUAAGUAAUAUAAGUUAUCGUUAGUGUAAUAUGGAAUAAGAAUGUGGAAUACAAAUUGAAAUUUC